AUGCUGGAAGUGGUGAAGGGGCUACUUCCACGGACGGAGGAGGAGGCAUUUGUGAGGACAAUAUCUUACGAUGGUGUGGAGAACACGGUUGAUGAUCUUGUGGAUGACACGAGAGGCCGAGGCAGUAGUCAGGUACCAGAGACUCAGGUCCCAGACACUCAGGAAAGAGACACUCAGGCAUACGAGACCAGCCAUGUAGAGCGAAGGGUGGUCGAACGUAAUUAUGGAGCGGCUCGGAGACAUAUUGGCCAUGUUGAAUCGUCCGCCAACGACGGCUUCGGCACGGAGGCCCCGGCGGAUCCAUCUACCCCACCACCGGUUGCUUCACCCCCGGUAGAAGAGGAUGAGGUCUUCCCCGACGAUUACGAUCCUUAUGAGGGAGCUCCAGCGACUCCGAUCGAGGCACAACCUCUUAUCCAUGUACAUGACACCGAGUCGCAGGGUGAGAUUCUGUCCAUAGAGGCACAACCUGCAGUGGUUAAGAGUCGGAAGAGGAAGAGAAAGCCUCCUGUAUGGUUCGGUGACUAUACGGAGAUGAAGAGGAGACAUAGGCCAUCUUCGACUUUUGAUCCCCUGGAGCCACCGGAUGAGAAAUUGUUAACCACUUUCCGUAAGUGGUGUGUUGGACUCAUUCCGAACCACCGACUUCGGGAUUUGAGAAGUGGUGAUUACGGUCCAGGAUUCUUUUGGAUAAUGCUCACACCAAAGGAAUGGCUUACAGAUGACCAUAUAGAUGCAGCAAUGCAUAUGCUGAGGAGGCGACGCACCGACUAUCCACUGACAUUUCCUCAGAAGGGUAUCAUUCUCUCCACAUUCGUGACCGCCAUGAUCAGCAGUGCAUGGACGAGCCACAAGGGUCCGAGGAAAAACUUUAAAUGGGAGGAAUAUAUCCUGGACUACUGCACAGGGUUUCAUAAGUCCCAAGUCUUUGAGAGAUGGAGGGGUAACGAGUUUAUUUACUUCGUUCUGCACCUUCCCACGGCAAGACACUGGGUCACAGUUGAAGUCGACAUAGAGCUGUGGAAAAUUAAUGUCUACGACUGUGAUUCCAGCGUCUGUCAUUGGACCGCCAUGGAACCCAUCUUGAAGGUUUGGUCAGAACUGCUGCCCUCGCUAAUCCUUGCAACCGGGGAAUUUCCACAUAACAACCAGAUCAUGGCGUUAGCUAACGGUGACAUCACGGUGCUUCCAAAAAUGCACGCGACUCGAGCCACUCACGACUUAGUUCCGAAGUCAGCAACCAGUGGUGAUUGUGGCGUGUAUUGCAUUGAGUAUGUGGAGCAUCUCAUGAUGCAGCGUGGAUUGACCGAUGUGACGCCAGACCGGAUAGCCAUGUUUCGUCAACGGUGGUGUGUCGAUUUAUUUUACCAAAAUGUCGGCUGAUUUUGUGUAAUUAUUGGGACAUUGUAUAUUUUGUGUAAUUAACAUUACAGUUAUGUAUAUAUAGAUUUUUUUUUCGUUCAAAUUUUGAUAAUUAUACGUGGUUUCAAAUAUAAAAUAUCAACAUUAUUCAACAAAAAUAACUAUUAAACCUAAAAAUAAUUAAAAUAUUUGAAAAAUAUUCAACCUCAACAAAAAUAACUAUGACAAAAUAUGCAUCAUUACAAUAUAUCAAAUUUCCCAACGAAUACGUACAAGACGCCUCAGAUGCGGGCUUUGCAUGUUGCUCUGUUGUGGCCUGAAGCACCACAGCGGCUGCAGUUUCG